UUGCAGCUUAUUUAAUAACAUUUGAGAAACACGAAGAAUGGCUAACCACAUCCCCUAAGACAAGACCCCAGAAUGGCUCGAUGAUCCUCUACAACAGGAAGAAAGUGAAAUACAGGAAGGACGGGUAUUGCUGGAAGAAGAGGAAAGAUGGCAAAACCACCAGAGAGGACCACAUGAAGCUGAAGGUCCAGGGCGUGGAGUGCUUGUACGGCUGCUAUGUCCAUUCCUCCAUCAUCCCCACUUUCCACCGGAGGUGCUACUGGCUCCUUCAGAACCCCGACAUCGUCCUGGUGCACUAUCUCAACGUCCCGGCCAUCGAGGACUGUGGCAAGCCCUGCGGGCCCAUCCUCUGCUCCAUCAACACCGACAAGAAGGAGUGGGCCAAGUGGACGAAAGAGGAGCUCAUCGGGCAGCUGAAACCCAUGUUCCACGGCAUCAAGUGGACCUGCAGCAAUGGGAACAGCAGCUCGGGCUUCUCGGUGGAGCAGCUGGUGCAGCAGAUCCUCGACAGCCACCAGACCAAGCCACAGCCACGGACCCACAACUGCCUCUGCACCGGCAGCUUGGGAGCAGGCAGCAGCGUGCACCACAAGUGUAACAGUGCCAAACACCGGAUCAUCUCGCCGAAGGUGGAGCCGCGGGCGGGGGGCUACGGGGGCCACGCCGAGGUGCAGCACAACGACGUGUCGGAGAGCAAGCAUGAGCACGGCCACGCCAAGGGGUCGAGCCGCGAGAAGCGGAACGGCAAGGUGGCCAAGCCGGUGCUGCUGCACCAGAACAGCGCCGAGGUGUCCUCCACCAACCAGGUGGAGGUGCCCGACACCACCCAGAGCUCCCCCGUGUCCAUCAGCAGCGGGCUCAACAGCGACCCCGACAUGGUGGACAGCCCCGUGGUCACAGGCGUGUCCAGCAUGGCGGUGGCCUCCGUGAUGGGCAGCUUGUCCCAGAGCGCCACGGUGUUCAUGUCCGAGGUCUCCAACGAGGCCGUGUACACCAUGUCCCCCACCGCCGGCCCCAACCACCACCUCCUGUCGCCCGACGCCUCCCAGGGCCUGGUCCUGGCCGUGAGUUCCGACGGCCACAAGUUCGCCUUCCCCACCACGGGCAGCUCGGAGAGCCUGUCGAUGCUGCCCACCAACGUGUCCGAAGAGCUGGUCCUCUCCACCACCCUCGAUGGUGGCCGGAAGAUUCCAGAAACCACCAUGAACUUUGACCCCGACUGUUUCCUCAAUAACCCAAAGCAGGGCCAGACGUACGGAGGCGGAGGCCUGAAAGCCGAGAUGGUCGGUACCAACGUCCGGCACUCGCCACCAGUAGAGAGGGGCUUCAGCUUCACCACCGUCCUCACCAAGGAGAUUAAGACAGAGGACACGUCCUUCGAGCAGCAGAUGGCCAAAGAGGCGUACUCCUCGUCUGCCGCGUCCAGCUCCCUCACCUUGACCGCAGGCUCCAGCCUCCUGCCCUCAGGCGGCGGCCUGAGCCCCAGCACCACCCUGGAGCAGAUGGACUUCAGCGCCAUCGACUCUAACAAGGACUACGCGUCCAGCUUCAGCCAGACGGGCCACAGCCCCCACGUCCACCAGACCCCCUCCCCCAGCUUCUUCCUGCAGGACGCCAGCAAGCCCCUCCCCCUCGAGCCGAGCGCCCACAGCAGCCUGAGUGACUCUGGGGGCGCCUUCGUGAUGCCCACCGUGAAAACGGAGGCCUCGUCGCAGACCAGCUCCUGCAGCGGCCACGUGGAGACGCGGAUCGAGUCCACGUCCUCGCUGCACCUCAUGCAGUUCCAGGCCAACUUCCAGGCCAUGGCGGCGGAAGGCGAAGUCAACAUGGAGACGUCGCAAGUGGCCGAAGGGGGCGAGGGCCUGAUCAAGUCCGGGGAGCUGCAAGCCUGCAGCUCGGAGCACUACCUGCAGCCCGAGACGCCCGGGGUCAUCCGCAGCGCCGGGGUCCCCAUCCUGCCGGGCGGCGUGGUGCAGGGGCUGUACCCCGCGGCGCAGCCGGGCCUGGGCGGCGCCUCCAGCAUGGAGCUCAGCCUGGACCACUUCGACAUCUCCUUCAGCAACCAGUUCUCCGACCUGAUCAACGACUUCAUCUCCGUGGAGGGGGGCAGCGGCACCAUCUACGGGCACCAGCUGGUGUCGGGCGACGGCGCGGCGCUCUCGCAGGCGGAGGACGGGGCCCGCGCCCCCUUCGCCCCGGCGGAGAUGUGCAUCCCCUGCUGCAGCCCCCAGCAGGGGGGCCUGCAGCUGAGCGCCAGCGAGGGCGGGGCCGGCACCAUGGCCUACAUGCACGUCGCCGAGGUGGUCUCGGCCGCCUCGGCCCAGGGCACCCUGGGGAUGCUGCAGCAGAGCGGACGGGUGUUCAUGGUGACGGACUACUCCCCGGAGUGGUCUUACCCAGAGGUAAGCGGCUGCCGCCUUCGCCGCCCCACGCCCGCCUGGCCUGCUCACCCGCCAGCUCUCCGCUAGGGGGAGCUCGCUUGCAUGGGGCUUUCGGGACCGCACGGGCCAGGCUGUCCCCUCCCUCUGUCCCCAGGGCACUUGGAAUACCUCCACCCCUCUGAGCAGUGGGUCCCAGUCUUCACCCGAGCAAGUAGCUUUAAAGUCAGGGGCCCUCCCAGCUCUAGCCAGGGCUGUCCGCUGUCACCUGGCUCAUGUGUUAAGAUCCCACUUACGU